UAUGAACUGCUUAUUCAUCAAUUUAAGGUUAUUGCAUUUCAAUAUUUGCACCAUUCUCUGCAGGAGUUGUUAAAAAUUCAUCAAGAAUAUCUAAAGAGGCAGAGGGAGGUGGUGAAAGACCGACAGAAGAACCUGGCCGUGCAACAAUCGGAAAUCACCAAAAAGUCCUAUGUGCUAAAGGAGAGCAUAAUAAGAAAACACCUGGAGAUCCAAGCCAUCCUGGAUAAGGACCUGAGGACCACACUGUCACACCUGGAGGCCGAGGAGCGUGCUGCUGUCUCAGCUCUGGACUGGCUCAUGGAGAGGAACUGGUCUCUGAUCCAGGAGAUAGAACAGGACCUGGCUGGAAUCACAGUGACACUGGACCACGUGGACACGCAUGCUGAUGCAACGUCUUUCCUCUCAUGCCUUGACCACCAAGGCACCAGGGUGAGAGACAGAGUGCCAGAUGUGCUCAACAGCUCAGAGCGUUGCAGUGUGAGCUUGGAUGAGGCCAAAGCUGAGCAGAUUGUCAGCCUCACCAACAACAUGCUUCUGCUCAUCUCCUCCCUCACACCUACUAUGAAGACUCUUGUGAAAAGCUAUUCGAGUGACGUGUGCUUGGAUCCAGACACAGCUCAUCCCAAGCUGCUUAUCUCUCCUAAAGGUGACAGUGUCACCUACACAGACACGUGGAAGGAGCUUCCUGACACCCCUUCGCGCUUUGACACCACUCUUAACGUCAUCAGCUUGCAAAGCUUCAGCUUUGGCUGUCAUUACUGGGAGAUAGACGUGACUGGCAAGACCUACUGGGAGCUUGGCGUCACGUAUCCCAGCAUUCCACGCAAGGGCACAGCUGAGGACUGCUGGCUGGGUCGAGGAGAUGAGUCGUGGUGUGUGGAGUUUUUUGAUGGGGAAUAUACAGCCUGGCACCAAGGCGUUCCCCAUAGGCUGCUUGUCACGAAACACUUGUGUCGAAUUGGAAUUUUGUGUAAUUUCCCAGCUGGGUCGGUGAUGUUUCUCGGUGCAGAUGAUAUGUCACCGCUGUUCUGCUUCUGUGCAGGGAGCUUCUCCGAUAGCCUCCACCUGGCCGUGUGUCCUGGCCAUGCCCACAAUGGAACCAAUGCAAAACCAAUUGUAAUCUGUAAUGCAACAUCUCAUGCUCCACUUGUUUAAAUUUGUACAAAUCAUUUAUAUGAGACUUGACACAGAUGGAAGUGAAACCUUCCAUCCAUCCAUUUUCUACUGUGUAUCCUGCUGUGGGUCACAGGUAAGAGGGAGCCUAUCCCAGAUGACUUUGGUUGAGAGACAGGAUACACCCUGCUGGUCGCCAGUCAGUCGCAGAGCACUUUAGACUAACUAACUAACGAAGUAACUAACUAAGUAAAUAAAUCACACUCACAUGUAUGGUCAAUUUAGUCUUUAAUUCAGCUAACAUGUUCUUGAAAUGUGGGAGGAAACUGAACUAACCAAGGAAAACACACACAAGCACAUCUAGGGAGAUCAUGCAACCAGAUUCGAACCCAGAACCACUGCCUGUGAGGCAGAUGUGUUAUCCAUAUUCCCUACCAUUUUACUCCACUUUAAGUAAACAACACAAGUAGUGUAAUUCAUUUGAAGUUUGGAUUGCUAGCUUUCUUACUUUUCAGACAUAAACUUUACAGUAAAUUAGUGGCCCAAAUGCUCUGUGAACAACAAUGGGGGUCGAUGGUCUGGUGGUCAAGCAAUAGAGCUUCUCUGAAGAAUUCAAAUAUUUAACAGACAGACUAAGCAUGUGUCAUCCUCAGGCAAGUCGGACAAUAUUUUCAUAGCCUCCCAACUCCCAUUAGUGUCGUAUCAAUCAAUAACAGUUACAUAAAGAAUUUAAGAUCCUCUAUUGAAGAAUCUGGCACUUCGCUGGUCCUUUGUUGACACUGUGGUUAGUUUCAUUUUGAAAUACACUUCCUUUUAAGAAUAGCUUCUUAUUUCUUCUUUUCCUUGCGGCUUAGCCCUUUAAGGGUCGCCACAGCUCUGUUUUCUGUUGACUCUUCAUUGUCACUGUCUCUAAUAUGUACAUCAUGGCUGACCAUCAUUGUCCUUCAUCCUAGCAGAUUCUUCUGUCACAUAACACACCUGACACCUUUCUCCACCCGUUCUAACCUGCUUGGAUCCAUUUAUUCACUUCCUUACCACACUCACCAUUGCUGUGGACUGUUGACCCCAAGCUAGAAUUCUGUUGAACAACCUGGUCAAAAACUCCACACCCACCUCUCCUAGAUGCUUCUUUACCUCCACAGGUACUGUAUGUCAUCAGGACCAACUGACUUUCCAUUUUUCAUCCUCUUUAGUGCCUUUCUAACUUCUUCCUUACUCAUCAUUGCUACUUCCUGGUCCACCACACUUGCCUCUUCUGCUCUUCCUUCUCUCUCAUUUUCCUCAUUCAUCAACUCCUCAAAGUAUUCUCUUCAUCUAUCCAGCACACUACUGGCACUAGUCAACACAGUUCCAUCUCUAUCCUUAACCACCCUAACCUGCUGCACAUCCUUCCCAUCUCUAUCCCUCUGUCUGGCCAACCUAUAUAGAUCUUUUUCUCCUUCAUUAGUGUCCAACCUGGCAUACAUGUCAUCAUAUCCCUCGUUUGGCCACCUCUACCUUCACCCUAUGUCGCAUCCCCAUGUAUUCCUUUCUCCUCUCCUCAGCCCUCUCAGUGUCCCACUUCUUCUUAGCUAACCUCUUUCCUUGUAUGAUUUCAUGUACUUUGAGGUUUCAUCACCAAGUCUCCUUCUCCCCUUUCCUCCCAGAAGAUACACCAAGUACUCCCCUGCCUGUCUCUCUGACCGUGGUCCAGUCUUCUGGAAGCUCCUCCCAUCCACCGAGAGCCUCUCUCAACUCUUAUCUUCCUUUCUCAGCUUCCACCACAUGGUUCUCUGCUCUGCCUUUGUCUUCUUAAUCUUCCUCCCCCCACCAGAGUCAUCUUACACACCACCAUCUAAUGCUUUCCAGCCACACUCUCCCCUACCACUACCUUACAGUCGUUAACCUCCUUCAGAUUACAUCAUCUGCACAACAUGUAAUCUACCUGCGUGCUUCUACCUUGGCUCUUGUAGGUCACCCUAUGUUCCUGCCUCUUCUGGAAGAAAGUGUUUACUACAGCCAUUUCCAUUCUUUUUGCAAAGUCUACCACCAUCUGUCCCUCCAAGUGCCUUUCCUGGAUUCUUCUUCUUCAUCACCCCUGUUUCCUUCACCAACAUGUCGAUUACAAUCUGCACCAAUCACAGCUGUCUCUCUGUCUGGGAUGUUUCAAGUUUCAGCCUCAUCACUCGAUCUGAUACUCUUUUCACUUCCAAGACAUGUUUAGGUAACUCUCACUUUCAAAUAACCCCUAAUCGAUUUGUCUUCUCAUCUACUCCAUGGUAAAAUAAGAAUACCUUUUUCUUAAAUAUUUAAUUUCUGACGGCACAUUGCAACACAAUGCCUUCUCAUGUCUAACAUUUCUGAACAUUUAACUAUAGUUAAAUGUAACAAAACCAUAUACUGUAAUAACAUGUAAAAAUAAUUUUGGUCCACCCAGUAGACUGGAUUGUACAUUACACUGGAUUUGGGGUAAAGUGAGUUUAAAUAGCAGUUUUAGUUAACUUGAAAGUCAUCCAGUGUAUGUAGGUCCAAAGUCUACAUUCAAACAAAUAAAUUCCUUGCAAAUGAACUAUUCCCUGAGGGGGGAACAUGUAGAGGGGUGGGGG